UCUCAGCAUCUCAUAUAAGUGUCCCCUUUCUUCCGCUGCAUUCUUUUCCUUGUCACAUCUGCAACGUGUAUGCUUUUAUUGCUCUCGUUCGCCACGUCCAGCUUUCCUCUAUUUCAAUUAUUGUUCUUUUCGUCUUUCUAGGGUUUCUACAGUUCUAUACAGUAUGGAUGCACAUACACCGGAGGACAAAUUUUCUGAAAAUAAUGUUGCUGAGUCAAUGGGGAACUCAGGCAACCUGAAGGAAGGAAGUGUGGAUAAUGUGGGAGCUGGAGCUGGUGAAAAAAGAUGGCCUGGCUGGCCUGGUGAGAAUGUUUUUAGAAUACUGAUUCCUGCCCAUAAAGUAGGUAGCAUUAUUGGGCGAAAAGGGGAGACAAUAAAAAAAAUGUGCGAGGAAUCAAAAGCUCGUAUUAAGAUCAUUGAUGGUCCUCCUGGUGUUCUUGAAAGAACGGUCAUAAUUUCAGCGAAGGAAGAGCCAGAUUUAACAAUUUCCCCUGCAAUGAAUGCUCUUCUGAAGGUUCAUAAACGCAUGAUAGAUGGCUUAGAUGGGGACUCUCACGGUCCACCUAAUCCUGGCAAUGCUGUCUUGACAAGAUUAUUAUUGGGAGCAACACAAGCAGGAAGUCUUAUUGGCAAACACGGAUCAACCAUUAAAUCUAUCCAAGAAGCUUCUGGUUCUGUAGUUCGUAUUGUUGAAGAUUUGCCCCCUGUUGCUUUGCCAGAUGAUAGAGUUGUUGAAAUACAAGGAGAACCAGUGGGGGUGCAUAAGGCGCUGGAGUUAAUAUCAAAUCAUUUAAGGAAGUUUGUGGUUGACCGCGGUGUGCUGCCGUUAUUUGAGAAUCUGCAACUGGACCACAAAAUGCAACCAUCUCAACCCUGGGGUCACCCGCAAGGCCUUCCUCCAAAUGCUGGUGGCCCAGGCUACGGUGCUAAUCCUCAGUACAUUCCUCGUCCUCAUGAUAAUUAUUUCCAUCCACCCGACCUUCCUACAUUAGAAAAACAACCUCACCAUGGCAUAUCUGCUUAUGGUCGAGAUGCGACAUCAAUGGGCAGUUACCCUGCAGCUACUCUACAACCAGCAACGCCAUUGGUUGCACAGGUUACACAGCAUAUGCAAAUUCCACUUUCAUAUGCUGAUGCUGUAAUAGGGGCCGCAGGCGCUAAUAUCAGCUACAUCCGCCGUGCCAGUGGAGCAGCUGUAACAAUACAGGAAACAAGGGGUGUUCCUGGAGAAAUGACUGUUGAAAUUAUUGGGAGUGCUACCCAAGUUCAAACUGCUCAGCAAUUGACACAGAAUUUCAUGGCGGAAGCUGCUGCAACUGCAUCUGCAUCUGCUCCUGCACAGAACGCUAUCGGCUCAGCUGAUCAGGGUUACAGUUCCUACCAGCCACACGGUAUGUAUUCUACUACUCCGGCCAACGGCGGAGCUCCGCCUUAUGCUGGUGGUGGAUAUGGCACUCCUUAUGAUUCCUAUUAUGGCUAUUAGUAAAAAGCUUUGAUGUGAAGGCAUUAUUAGAGCAGCAGUCCUACAUCAAACCUUGUCAUUGAAGAGCAGGAGACAAUUUAGGUGAAUGCUAAUGUGCCUUCUUUAAUUUCUUCUAAAUAUUUCUGGUAGUUUUUGUUGUGCAAUAAAAGAUGCGUUGAGGUUUGAGAUUUUUUUUUUUCCCUUGCUAUUUGCUUCCUCUGCUUCUCCAUUGUAUCAAAGAUUCUUUUAGAAGCGCUUUAGUAGGUGGUCUCUUUUUCACCA